UGCCAUUGAAGGGGGAACUACAGCCGGACGCUAGACUGCUGAUACACCGCCGCCGUGGAGGUAGUUGUUCGCCAUACUAACAAUACAUUUCCUCUUUUUUUUUUCCACUGAAAGAGGACAUAUACACAAACUUAUAUAUUCAACGAGUCAAGUGGCGACUCUUUAGCCAGCGAGGAUUCGUUUCUUUGGGUCUACUUUUUCCCCCCACGCUCGGAAUAUACACGGAACUACCCUCACCUGGUUCUUUGUCGACGGAAAAGAAACCCCCCAGAAAAGGAGCACAUUAGCGGGUUGUUUUUUUGUUUGUUCCGGAUGGCUUCGUGAGCCAGUGCAGCCUGAUACUUCACCCCCGUGUUUUGGUGCCUCUGAAGUGGGGGGCCUAGCUUGAGACGGAAACGGGAGCACCCCCCUCCCCUCUCCGGAGAUAACAAUGUUCCCCCAGGGGCGACACCCGGCGCCCCAUCAGGCUCCGGGCCAGCCCUUUAAGUUCACCAUUCCGGAAUCCCUGGACCGCAUCAAGGAGGAGUUUCAGUUCCUGCAGGCCCAGUACCACAGUCUGAAGCUGGAGUGUGAGAAGCUGGCCAGUGAAAAGACAGAGAUGCAGAGGCACUAUGUCAUGUACUACGAAAUGUCUUACGGCCUCAAUAUUGAAAUGCACAAACAGACCGAGAUCGCCAAGAGACUGAACACCAUCUGCGCACAAGUCAUCCCCUUCCUUUCGCAAGAGCAUCAGCAACAGGUGGUGCAGGCGGUAGAGCGGGCCAAGCAGGUGACCAUGGCCGAGCUCAAUGCCGUCAUCGGGGUACGCGGACUACCCGGACUACCACCCACACAGCACCUAUCACACAACCACGGCGGAGGCCCCAUGCCCCUCACGCCUCACCCGGCCGGCCUGCACCCGUCUCAGUUGGGCGGUUCGGCCAGCCUCCUGGCACUCUCCGGAGCUCUCGGCGCCAUGCCUCCACAUCUGGCAGGGAAAGACGGCGCUGAUAAAAAACCUCACCUGUCCGGACCGGACUCGCACUCGGGAGGUGCUGAUCACCUGAGAGAGCGGGAACCUGGCACAAGUAACUCCUCAUUGCCCGAAAAUCUUCGGAACUCAGACAAGCGGCGGAACGGACCUGACUUUUCUAACGACAACAAGAAGCGCAAAGUGGACGACAAGGACUCGAGCCACUAUGAUAGUGAUGGGGAGAAAAGUGAUGAUAAUUUAGUGGUGGAUGUCUCAAACGAGGAACAAGCCUCGCCUCGCGGUACGCCCCUCCCCUCCCCAAGAGAGAAUGGCCUGGAUAAAGCACGCCUCCUCAAGAAGGACCCUUGCAGUCCUGCCUCUACUGCCUCAUCUGCUAGCUCUUCCUCGCUCAAAUCCAAAGAAAUAGCUAUGCGAGACAAAGCGGGGACACCCGGGCUCAAGUCAAGCACGCCUACGCCAAGAGGAGAUUCCACCCCUGGUCCGAGCUCCACACCUGGUGUCCGGCCAAGCCUAUCAAAACCCCCGCCUAUGGAGAUCCCUCAUCCUCCGACAGCAGGUCUGAGGACGCCCCUGGCGGUCCCCGGUCCGUACCCGGGGGCAUUUAGUAUGUUGCCCCACGCGGCGGGGAUGAACGGCGACCUCGCCGGAGCAGCCAGCGCCGCUGCCUAUGCUGCUGGACUGCACAACAUUUCUCCACAGAUGAGCGUUGCUGCUGCGGCUGCCGUAGCCGCGUAUGGCCGGUCACCUAUGGUCGGCUUUGAUCCUCACCCUCACAUGAGAGUUCCUGGAAUGCCUCCCAGUCUUACUGGAAUCCCCGGUGGCAAGCCUGCCUAUUCCUUCCAUGUGGCAGCAGACGGACAAAUGCAGCCGGUGCCCUUUCCUCCAGAUGCGCUAGUAGGGCCCGGUAUCCCUCGCCACGCCCGCCAGAUAAACACGCUCAACCACGGGGAGGUGGUAUGCGCCGUAACCAUCAGUAACCCCACGAGGCAUGUUUACACCGGAGGGAAGGGCUGCGUCAAGGUGUGGGACAUCAGUCACCCCGGCAACAAGAGCCCCGUGUCGCAGCUCGACUGCUUAAACCGAGACAACUACAUCCGCUCGUGUCGCCUCCUCCCCGAUGGCCGCACGCUGAUUGUGGGUGGCGAGGCCAGCACGCUGUCUAUCUGGGACCUGGCCACGCCCACCCCUAGAAUUAAGGCAGAGUUGACAUCAUCAGCGCCGGCGUGCUACGCCCUGGCCAUUAGCCCCGACUCCAAGGUCUGCUUCUCGUGCUGCAGCGACGGAAACAUUGCAGUGUGGGAUUUACACAACCAGACUCUGGUUAGGCAGUUCCAGGGCCACACAGAUGGAGCCAGCUGUAUUGACAUUUCCAACGAUGGCACCAAGCUGUGGACCGGAGGCCUGGAUAACACCGUGCGGUCCUGGGAUCUGAGGGAGGGACGUCAGCUGCAGCAGCACGACUUCACCUCGCAGAUUUUCUCCCUGGGCUACUGUCCGACCGGAGAGUGGCUGGCUGUGGGCAUGGAGAGCAGCAACGUGGAGGUCCUUCACGUGACCAAGCCUGACAAAUACCAGUUGCAUCUUCACGAGAGCUGCGUGCUCUCCCUGCAGUUUGCUUAUUGCGGUAAAUGGUUUGUGAGCACCGGGAAGGAUAACUUACUAAACGCAUGGAGAACUCCUUAUGGCGCCAGCAUAUUCCAGUCGAAAGAAUCCUCCUCGGUCCUCAGCUGUGACAUAUCCGUGGAUGACAAAUACAUUGUCACUGGUUCCGGGGACAAGAAGGCCACUGUGUACGAGGUCAUCUACUAAUGUGGAGUGAAAGCGAUUAUUCUCCUCUUCCAGAAAUGAAGGAAAAAAAUGUGUUUCUUUGUACGGAGCUUGAAAUCACGGACAAAAGUCACCUUCAUUAAACUGGAGGAAGGCGGGCGUCACUGGAAGCGGCGGGAACGUGCUGCUGAGGACUGUUCUGGGAUCAGCUGUGCUGCACUGAUGACGAUCAUUACUAAAGCGGGACCAGCUCUUUGUAUGGUAAACACUGAAGUUCCGGCGGGUGAAAAUGUGGACGGAAGAUGCGAAAUGUGGACGGAAGCCAAGAAGAACUCCUCGUCCUUUGACCUUGGAACCAAACGGGCACACUGCGUGACGUCUCACUGCGAGUCCAACUACGUCCAGAUCGAUUCAUUCCUGACAUUUUGUCCAAACUUUAAACAUCUCAUCUCGUUCGCCCCCCAAAACCGCCAGAAAGCAACUGAAGACCAAACUGUAUUGCUGCAGAAAGUCAUUAUUUUGCAAGUCUCAUUUUCUCUCCAGGUCCUUGAUCCGCCAUCACAAAAUUGAAUCAAUUUUUCUAGAAUUUUUAUUUUUUUUUCUCAACUCCUGUCACCACACAGUAUUGCUCAACAGCAAUUUAGUCCAAACUGAAUCAACAGCGCCUCUGCUGGUCACAGCCAAGUACUGCACGUCAUUAGCCGCGAUUAAUCAGCAGUUGAUUAUACAUAUUGGAUUCAUGUGUUCAUUUCCCUAAUGCUUACAUUUCCUUACACAACUGUCCUUUUGAUGUAAGCUAUACCCGAAAACAAGGUGGUAAAGGAAGCACAAUUCCAAUACUAAACGACAAAAAUGCUCGAAGAUGGUCGUCAAGAAGGUUUUUCCUCCCCACAUAAAAAUCCCCCGAAGUCUACAACCUUCUGUUCAUAAUUCCUCGUAUUGUUCAGCGAACAAAAGGCGUUGUGUGCCCAUGAAUGACAAGCAUCAGUGUUGUUAAAUCGCAAUAAUUCCACACUUUUUUUUUUUUUAAACUUAUUUUUGUCCGUUGAAUGUUUGUAAAAAUGUAUAUAUGUCUCUUUUUUUUUUCUUUUUUUUUUUCUUACAGGACAUUCUUUAGAAAGAGCUUUUUUUUGUACAUCUUUUACAUGGAAAUCAAAAUGUGGACCAAGAGAAGCUAAAUGGUCUUAAUAACAGCUAAUCUGAAAGUUUAGAUAAUAAUAAA